ACACGCCGCGGGAAUUAGCGAACGCGGCGUAACGCCGAGCGUUUUAUCGAGUUCACCUCGCUUUCCAACGCCGCGUGAACACUUAUGCAGAUCUCUUUAAAUGGACCCGCCAUCAAAUCUGAGGAGUGCAGCCAACUGCUUUCUGAUGCAGCUCUGAUCUGGAGAAAGACACAUGUAAGGAACCUUCCUCCUAUGAAACAACUGCCAAGUGUUGGUGGAUCAGCUCACACGGACAACUUUUACCAAACAGUUACAGUGGAGUGUGGAAGUCAGACAGAUUUAGAAAAGAUGCCACCACUGGGACAAUCCCUGGAAGAGGAGGACCUGAAAAAGCUACAGAACGACCUUAACCAGUUUGUCCAAGUGCAGCCUGAGCCAGCCCCACAGUUUGGAGAAGCAGAAUACCAAGAUGCCCUCCACGCCCUUGGCAUGGAUGACCAAGGCUCUGGGCUAGAUUCUGACUAUGGAUCUUCAGAUUCAGAUUAUUAAAAAACAGUUGUUGCAAUUUCAUGUUUCUUUUUUCAAAGUUUGUGAGAGAGUUAUUCAAUAAAUUUCAAAUAAAUA